UCAAAGUGAUGGUAAUUGAAUGUUGAUUUUUUUCCCCCUCUCUUUCCUGGUAGUGGUUUCAUCCACAUGGAAUCAGGAAAUCAAACAUGUGCUUCGCAAUUUCUCCUCUUGGGAUUUUCAGCAAAGUCAGAUAGUCAAUUUGUGCUCUUUGGGCUGUUCCUGUCCAUGUACUUGGUCACGGUCACUGGGAAUCUGCUCAUUAUCCUGGUCAUCUGCUCUGACUCCCUCCUCCACACCCCCAUGUACUUCUUCCUUUCCAACCUGUCCUUGGCUGACAUCUGUUUUACCUCCACUACUGUCCCGAAGAUGCUCUGGAACAUCCAGACUCAGAGCACAAUCAUAACAUAUGAAGGCUGCCUCAGCCAGAUAUUUUUUUUCAUUGUGUUUGGAUGCCUGGACAACUUACUCCUGACCGCGAUGGCCUAUGACCGCUUUGUGGCCAUCUGUCACCCCCUGCACUACUCAAUCAUCAUGAACGGCCAGUUUUGUGGGCUGUUGGCAUUGGGAUCCUGGUGCCUCAGUAUCAUGGGUUCCCUGCUCGAGACCUUGACCCUUUUGAGGCUGUCCUUCUGCACAAACGUGGAAAUCCCACACUUCUUUUGUGAUCUUCCCGAAGUCCUGAAGCUUGCCUGUUCUGACACCUUCGUCAAUACCAUGGUGGUGUAUUCUGCAACUGGCCUUCUGGCCGUGAUUCCUUUCAACGGAAUACUUUUGUCCUACUAUCAAAUUGUUUCCUCCAUACUCAACCUUUCCUCAGCUACUGGCAAGUACAAAGCCUUUUCCACGUGUGGCUCUCACCUCUCAGUGGUCUUCUUGUUCUAUGGAACAGGUCUUGGGGUCUACCUCAGUUCUGCAGCGACUUCAUCCUCUAGGACAAGUCUGGUGGCCUCAGUGAUGUACACGAUUGUCACGCCCAUGCUGAACCCCUUCAUCUACAGUCUGAGGAACAGGGACAUGAAGGGGGCUCUAAGGAGACUACUCAGCAGGGUGGUGCCUCUCAGCAGUGGGGUCUCCGGAGGAGUCUUAUGGUAA